UUAUUUGCCCCGGCAGUUUCGCUCCCUUCGGAUGGAUGAGGUGGAGUCCAGCGUCCAGAGGACCGGUGCGGGAGCGGCGGGUGCUUGUGCACCGCGCAUAAUGAGCGGUGCUUGUGCGUCACGGUGCGCUCCGGACUCUCCUCCCUGCCUGUCAGAUGUUCAGAUGCUCAGCAUGUGAUGCUCCGUCCGUCCUCAGAGUCCCGUGAGCGCUCGGUCUGGACCAAACACUCACCCAACCUGCUCCGUGGAUGUGCUCCUUCACUCUGCGCGCAUCGUCCGACAUCGUUUUAACCGGAGGACAACGCUGCAAAAAUACCCACGAAUUGGAACCAAGUACUGGACCCUUCAGGCUCUUCCUCAUCUCUUCAUCCAUUCAUCUCUUCUCCCCACUCCAGUAAUUUCUCUCCUCCUCUCAGUCUCUACCUCUCUGUCCUCCUUUUCUUCUUUUUCUCUGUGUUCAUCCCCUGACCCCUUCCCAAACCCCCCCAGCCUCCCUGAUGCCUAAGACCAGCAAGGUGGUGCAACGCGAGCAGAGCCAUGAGCACGUCACGGAGUCGGUGGCCGACCUGCUCGCCCACGAGGAGCCUCUCGAUUACAAGAGCAGCUCCCUGAACGUGGGAGCAGCCGCAGGGAAGAAGAUCCCUCAGAUAGAAGUUCCCGAGAACGACGGCCGGCCGGCGUGGAACAGCAAGCUGCAGUACAUCCUGGCCCAGGUGGGCUUCUCCGUGGGGCUCGGAAACGUCUGGCGAUUCCCGUACCUCUGCCAAAAGAACGGAGGAGGUGCAUAUUUGGUCCCUUAUUUCAUCCUCCUCCUCAUUAUCGGCAUCCCGCUCUUCUUCUUGGAGCUGGCUGUGGGUCAGAAGAUAAGACGUGGGAGCAUCGGAGUCUGGAACUACGUCUGUCCUCGUCUCGGUGGGAUUGGGAUGUCAAGUCUGUUGGUUUGUGGUUUUGUAGGUCUCUACUACAACGUCAUCAUUGGUUGGAGCAUCUUCUACUUUUUCCAGUCCUUCCAGUACCCUCUGCCAUGGAGCGACUGUCCGAUUAGAAAGAAUGGGACAAUAGCCAUUGUGGAGCCAGAGUGUGACAAAAGCUCAGCCACUACAUAUUUCUGGUACCGGCAGACUCUGAACACGACCAGCACCAUCGCGGAGAGCGGCGGCCUCAACGUCAAAAUGACCUUGUCUCUGCUGGUGGCCUGGAUAAUUGUCUGCCUUGCUGUCAUUAAAGGAAUCGCCUCUUCUGGGAAGGUGAUGUACUUCAGUUCUCUUUUCCCUUACGUGGUGCUCUUCUGCUUCCUGGUCAGAGGCUUGAUGCUCAAAGGAUCAGUAGAUGGGAUCGCUCAUAUGUUUACUCCAAAGCUGGAGAAGAUGCUGGAGCCGCAGAUUUGGAGGGAAGCGGCCACUCAGGUGUUCUUUGCUCUGGGUUUGGGGUUCGGAGGCGUCAUAGCUUUCUCCAGUUACAACAAAAUGGACAACAACUGCCACUUCGACGCCGUCCUCGUCUCCUUCAUUAACUUCUUCACCUCAAUUCUGGCCACGCUGGUGGUGUUCGCCGUGCUGGGCUUCAAGGCCAACAUCAUGAAUGAAAAAUGCGUGGCAGAAAAUGGAGAAAAGAUCCUGGGAUACCUCAACUCCAACGUCCUGAGUCACGAUCUCAUUCCUCCUCACGUGAACUUUUCCCAUCUCACCCCAUCAGACUACGCUGACGUGUACAGCAUCAUCAAGACGGUAAAGGAGGACGGCUUUGCCAAGCUGGGUCUGGAGCCCUGUCUCCUGGAGGACGAACUCAACAAGGCGAUUCAGGGCACCGGCCUGGCCUUCAUCGCCUUCACGGAGGCCAUGACCCAUUUCCCAGCAUCCCCUUUCUGGUCUGUAAUGUUCUUUUUCAUGCUAAUCAACCUUGGCUUGGGCAGCAUGAUUGGCACCAUGACUGGCAUCACCACACCCGUCCUUGAUGCCUACAAAGUUCAGAAAGAGCUUUUCACAGUGGGCUGCUGCAUUGUGGCCUUCCUCUGUGGGCUAUUGUUUGUUCAGCGUUCAGGAAAUUAUUUUGUCACCAUGUUUGAUGAUUACUCAGCCGGUUUGCCCCUCACUGUUGUCGUGAUCCUGGAAAAUGUCUCGGUCGCUUGGAUUUACGGCACUAAACGCUUCAUGCAAGACCUGGAGGACAUGCUGGGUUUUCGACCGUCUAUCAUCUACUUCUACCUGUGGAAGUACGUCUCUCCUCUGUGUCUCAUCGUCCUCAUCUCAGCCUCGGUCAUAGAGAUGGCCAUCAGCCCACCUGGAUACAACGCCUGGGUCCAAGACCUGGCUCAGGAACGUUUCCAAAGCUACCCUCCUUGGGCUCUGGCCAUGUGCUUCGCUCUCAUCAUAGUGGCCAUGCUUCCUCUCCCAAUCGUCUUCAUCGCACGCCACUUCAACCUGAUGUCAGACGGCUCCAACAAGCUGUCUGUCUCCUACCGUAAAACCAUAAUGAAAGACAUCUCCAACCUGGAGGAGCAGGACGAGGCCAGGUUCAUCCUCGGUGCCAAGCCCGGCGACACGGCGUUGUCAGGUGUAGCCCGCAAACCCUACGUGACUCCUGCAGGGAACAAAUCUGUGGAUCCCAACUCUCUGUCUCCAAAUGUCUGCUACGGUACAAGCUACCAAAACGCUGCGAUAAGUCCCACGACGCCAACAACGCCGCCGACACCUCUCACACCAGAGUCAGACUCUUGACUUUCCUCUGACUAAAACCAAUCCGACAUGCAGUUUAGUUUCCAGCCUUUUACAUGGACAGCACAGGAAAUUUAAAUUUUCUGUAGCGUAGACGCUUCAAAACACAGUUUCUUUUGCUUUUCUUGAUCAGAUUGAAGCCACACACUGGAUAAAACAAGGUAUUGUUAGUCCAAUAUGCAGUGAGUCUGAAAUGAACACACACAAAAGACAUCUAAAAAAAACUACAUUUAGUUUUCUGAAUGUGUUUGUGUGAUAUUUAUAUAAGGCUGCUGUAAAGAUGUACAAAUCUGUUUCAUUCAGACCCAAAGUUUAAAAUCCUCCAGGAUUUUAUGUAGCGAUCUUUGUUCAGUCAGUCUGUAGAUAUCGAUGCACAGUUAGUUAGAGAAGCCUGUACAUUUUACUAUGUGGAGAUUAAAGCACCUCCAUCACACACAGACACGUUUCACGUUACGUAGAAGUUAAUCGUUUUAGAUUCUCCACCAAAGAGUAAAAACAACAAAACACUUGAAUUCAGGCCAGGAAUGUGAGACUCACAUGUGUUGAGUUGGAGUAAAAGUUUAUUUUAUGAAUUUUAUUUUGUACUCAUGAGACUGGAACACAAACCCGUAUGGUACGUUUUAUAUGUGUGGAAGACACGACAUCUUCCUGCUAAUUUAAAGCUAAUCUGAAGUCGAAUCUGUUUGAUUGAUGCUACAAAAGCACACGUGUAUUUUUACAAUUUAUGUCCACAAGUAAAUCGCUGGUUGUAAUUGUCUUAUCUGUAAAGAGAUGCACAAAUCAAAAUGUAUUUCUAUAACUAAUAACAUUUUCCUCUCCACUUCCUGGCAUCCCUGGUAAAAAUGUGUGAAAAGCUACAAAAUGUUUAAAUCUUCAUUGUAGCUGCUUGAUUUUACUAAAACAAAAAAAAAUCUUUCAGAAAAUAAUUUUUCAGUUCCUGUAAACUUAUUCAGUGUGUGCAGAAACAUUUCCACUAGAAAAUCAUUAUUUUUAAUAAAAUCAUGUGUGCUGUCGUUAUUGGCAAUUUAUGGCGAUAGAUAUAUUGAUAUACUAAAGUGUCUAAAAACUUUAAUUUCAACGUAAAUUUGACUUGACACAGAAGUGUUGUGAUUUGUAGUUGGACCCAAAUGCAAACCUCAAAGUGGCAGUAUCACAGUGAUGGUUAUAGAGUUAAUUAAAAUGAUUGUUACAGUGUGUUUCAGAGGUUGCCAAGUCUCCAUAACAGCUGUUUAUCUUAAGGCGUUAGUACCCAUGUUUUCCAGGCAUGCCAGUAUCUGUGGAGGGUCCUGUACGUCCCAAACAGCACAGAGGCCGAAUGUGAAAAGAAAAAUAAAAGCACAAAUCAUAAUGAACAAUAUUGACAAAACUGGACCAAAAGUCAGAGGAACCUGCAAUGUUAAAGCCCAAAUAACAUUAAGCUGUCAGCUAAUAGUUUGAACAGCAGACAGUUCAGCUGCACAACCAUUACAAGCACCAACAUGCAGAUUUCUGUAUAUUGUAGAAUACUAAACCUGUUUAGUAAAAUUAAAUAUAGGUACAGUUGUGACCAUUAUACUGAUGUUAAAAUUUUUAAUUUUUUCUACACAGAUAUAAAUUAAUUGUUAAAAUAAAGCACAUCUUAGUUCAUGUUGCAUAUUUAUUUAUUUUUCUAUUGCAAUAUUCAAAGCACAGGUGUUAAAUUAUAAAUGGACUAUUUAUUUUAUUAUGCUGUAUAUUUGCUGUUAUAUUUGAGCGUCGAUGAACAGAGAUGAGAACAUAGAAUAUAUAUUUUCAUUUUGUUUGAGGCUUCUGUGUGUUUAAGCAUUUGUCCGUGUCAUUUUUGGUGUUGCUUGUUGUUAUUAGCUCUGGAAAUGCUGCUGGAUGUUAACGCUGUUGAGGUUUCGUCACGUACGGUGGGCCGUGUGAGCCACCGAUAUUCACCACUCACCCGCUGGGUUUCAGCCACACAAGCAGUCAAAUAGUCUAAAAAAAAAUUGAAGUCAUUUCUGAAUUUUAACUCGAUUAACUCAGUAGCGAAGAAGCCUUUGGAGUAGAAGAAUAAUAGGAGUGAGGAAAACAUGUUGGUAGGUGUUUCUGUAAACUUCUUGAAGCUUAAGCUGCCUGAAUUUACAAUUAUAUAAACAAAUAGAUUAUUUUUUUAUGUUGCUGUCAAACAAAUUCAAGAUGAGCAUAGAUUAAUUAACUUGAAAGAAGUACAAAUAUGUAUGCAUCUAGUGUGCAAAUUAGCCAAAUUAGACCUAAUGGCCAGAGCUUAGAUUAGACCAAUAGAUGACAGCACAGGACAUUUGAUAUUAACUGCAUUACUAUUAUUAUUUCCUCUUUUUCUUUAAGUGACUUUGGAGAAAACUGCCUGCCAAAUUCAUAAACGUACAUAUAAUACCACACUAUGCAAACUCUUUACUGUUUGCAGUAAAGAGUUUGCAUUCAGACUAAUUUGGCAAAAAGAGACAAAUAAAAAAACGGCAUCAAGGAAACUAAAGUAGUUGGUCAUGAUGGAGCAGGACACUGUGAAUUCCUCCUCAGUUAUCUCAGUGUACAAGCACCAUCCAGGUCAGGUGCUGUCGAUGUCACACACAUUUUCACCAGGUGUGAUUCAAUACACCGCCAUGGUUAGACAGGAAACUGUUCUGUUGUUGUUCUGUCCUCCUUAAAAAUCCACAUCGACUGCUCUUUUAUGACACUCAGCGGCUCUUCGGAGUAUUGCAUGUCGGGUCUUUACCACUUUGCUCCAUAUUCAAUGUCUCUCUUUAGCCUGUCACAAAUCUUUCUGAUCAGCCUUAUUGUUUUCAUUCAGCUUCAAAGUGAAUCGACGCCUUCAAAAGGAAGAUCUUUUUUUUUUUUAAUUCGAAGUUAUUCUCUAUUGUCUCAAUUCAGUAUCUUAGGUAAUGUUGUUUUCCAAAACUAAUCAGAGUAAGAGUAACAGCAGCAGUCUCAUUUGUCAGAAAUGUUUUAUGAUCAAUCUCAUGUGACUGCUGGCGCGGCUGUAAACCCUGCGUUUGUUUUUGUGUGUAGUUUUACUUCCCAUGAGUCAGAUUCCUCCUGCUGUGUGUGUGUGUGUGUGUGUGUGUGUGUGUGUGUGUGUGUGUGUGUGUGUGUGUCAUGUAAGCAUCCAAAUCACCAAACUAUUUUGAAGGUUUUUAUUCAUGUGAAGUGUAGCAACGUCUUAACAAGUGACAAAGAAGUACAAAUGAAUGUGACUGAUGCACUUUGUUCACCAGAAAGCAAAUAAAGAUGGUGUUUAUUUUAUUUUAUUAACUAUAGCGGUAAAUUUAAGGUCAGUGUAAAAGCAAUAUCUUGUCAUUUUAACAGUACAUCAACUGUGGCUGAAAGGACACACUGUAAGAAAUUAAGACUUGAAUGCGUGUGUGUAUAUAUUUAUAAAUGUGUGUGUUUGUGUAGAGUUAGACUGGUGUGUGCAGGGGCUUACUGGGCUCACACUUCAGGUGUUAUCUGUACUGGAGACACUUUAGAAACAUCCCUUUACAGACUCUCUUUGUUUCUCCUCAGUCGUGUGGACGAAUGAUUCACAAGUGGUGUAAAACUUAUUAACAUAGCUAUACAAAAUGUAAAUAAAGAGUAAACGUAC